UAAUCUGGGUUUACAGAUUGGAGCAGCAGUGUUGAGAAUGAGAGCAGUACUGUAGUGCUGUAAGGGGACCACUGGUCAACCAAGACCUAAAUGGAUCGAGACGGAGGAUGGCAGACGCUGACUUGUUUCACACUUGGCUCGAAAUUCUUUUUUGAGACCCUAAGCCAACGUUUUUACUGACUUUUUGUGUACAUUGUUCUUGAAGUCAUUGCUAGAGACAUGGCUCAUGGGUGUGGCUAUUUACUUAGUACCUCAUUUUUGUGGUUAUUUUUAGGACUCCAAAAGCUCGUCAGCAUUUUGUUUUUGUUUGAAAGCCUAAAAUAGUUGUGGUGAAUGAGUGAAUAUCUGUUAUAGCUUUCAAACUCCAGCCUUCCUUUGUCGAGCAAACCAAUGCAAAUCAUUAGGAUCCCCUGAGAGAGGAAGAGGAAAGACAAAAACUGUAGGAGGGGAGGAGACCCAGUUGGAGAGGGGAUUGGGGUCCCCUGUGGGUUGCAAAAACCUCCAGCCUCCCUCAGGCUCACACUCUUCACCCUUCAUCCCACCACCUCAAGUGGAGGCUCUAGAGAGAGAGGGUUGGUCAAGAAGAAAGAGUUGGGGGGGUCUGCAGAGCCCGGGAGAGGUGGGUAGCUGAUUGGUGUUAAGGUCUUAGCUCAAGGAUGAUCACAUAUGUGCACUGCCUCUCCUCGAGGCCGGUGGUCAGUUGCUGGCACCGGGCCUGCUAUGAGGACCCUCCUCCAGUCUCCUUCCAGUCCCCCGACAAGAUGGGAAACAGCCUCCAAUCGGAGGUCUGCCCCAGCGUCAGGCCGCCUAGGACCGAGGGUUGCCUCCGCAAACGUCUGUUGUCCAUGUCAAAGAUCCACCAGAAAAGGGAUUCUCUCUGGACCCCUAAACCUCUGCACGGUCCUCUCGCUAAAAGCCCCUCAAGAAAGAGUCAAACCUUCCAGGACAACAAAGCUGUGUCCAACCUGGACGAGGAGAGCAAGUGGACAGUCCACUACACAGCUCCAUGGCACCAGCAGGAGAACGUCUUCUUACCGGGCUCCCGGCCGUCCUGCGUGGAAGACCUGCACCGCCAGGCCAAGGUCAACCUGAAGAGCGCUCUGCGAGAAUGUGACAAGCUGAGGAAAGAUGGUUUCCGCAGCUCCCAGUACUACUCGCAGGGGCCCACCUUCUCCGACCCACUACAGUCCAGCAGCAGCCUUCAGGAUGAGGAGGAGGAGGAGGAUGUUGAUAAAAAGUCCAUCGCUUCAUCGGCGGACGAUGACCAGUCCCAGCUCUCCGUGAGGUCCCAGACGCCGCUGACGGGGAGCGAAAAGGGGGACGGUUCCGAGGCGGACGGACAAGGUGCGCCCCCAACCAAAGCCGCGCACCUCCCGACGCCCGAGGAGAGGAUGAGGCAGACCGCGCAGUCCGUGCCCACCGACAUCAUCGCCAUCAACGUCACAGGUGCAGUGUUUGACCGGCAGGCGAGCAUCCGGCGCUCCCUCGUUAACACUGACACUGUGUCCCGCCGGCCCAAGAAGGUCAAACGCAGAAAGACAAUAUCAGGGCUGCCUGACAACUUCGACCUGGAGCUAGCCGCACAAGGACGUGGCGGGGAAUUACGACCACAUUCCAUGUUCAUCCCAGGACAGUACUCCACUCUGGGCCGGGUUGGGAGCGUCAACUCAACGCUCCGACGUUCCCAGACCCGAGAUACCAGCUGCCAGACGGAAGUGGCGAAGGUUGUCCCGCCGUCCAUGAGGAGAAUUCGGGCUCAGAGAGGACAGGGCAUCGCUGCCCAGAUGGCCGGCAUUUCUGCUUCCUCUUCAACAGGAAGUAUAUCCAUCUCCAGCAAUGACAGCUCCGGGAUCUUGAUGCUGCCGCAUCAGCAUAACGGGGACCCGUCCAGAUUUCACAGUCUGCCCCGUCAGGGCGCCAGGGUGUCACUCAGCGCUGACCCCAUGUACAGCAGCACCCCCAUCAAGUCGGAAGAACAGACCGCUCCCCAGAGGCAGAUUGGGAAACUUCAAGUCGACGAUACAGUGGUACAUAUGAGGAAUUCCCCCAGGACAGGCACCCUGCCCAGGCCCAAGUCUCAGGAGAUGAGGCGGACGCAGUCCAGUGACUGGGCUGGCAGUCUGGCCUGUGCGGUGUCACCGCAUGCCGCUUAUUCCACCUCAUUUAUCCCCAACGCCACCCUGCCCAGCUCAUCUGAGGUCAUCACUGUCAACACCUCUGGUCAGCGUUCCCACUCGACGUCCUCAGCCUACCAAACGGCUCGGCCGCUCUUUCUGGCCUCUUAUGCCGACCCCCUGACCUCCAGUCCCGCCGCUUUCGCCCACAGCUCCACCUGCCCUGCCCUCGCCGCUUCCACUCCGGUCCACACGCCAUUGGAACGGAGUCAGGUCCCAGCGGCACGCGGCAGCGAGUCAGGACUAUCAGACAACAGCCCGCACAGUCACAGCCCCCUGGCCCCGACGCCGCCCUCAUGUCAGCAGACAGAUGAGCAGUGGAUCUACGACACCCCAGAAAACGUGGUUGUUGCCCACCGCACUUUGACCUCUAGCUCUUCCACGCCCAUCAACCAGCUGUACAACAGUCUGGAAGUGUCGUCCAAGACACCUACUGAUUCCAGCUCCCUCUAUUCCCAGGACAAUGACGGAUAUUACACCUCCAUGCACCUGGACUCGGGCCUGCGCUCACGCAGCCAUGGCAGUGGACACGGCGCGGGCGCGGGCCGAGUCACCAGACACAGCAUGUACGAGUGCCGCGAGAUGGCCAACCAGGAAGAGUACAGGAGCUUGUACAGCGAUCGCUCCCUAUCUCGCAGCAUCUCCCUCCGCAAAUCCAAGAAACCCCCGCCUCCCCCGGCUCGCACGGACUCCCUGAAGCGAAAACCUGGACCCAAAAAGCCCCUCGGAGGCGUGAACGCCAUCAGCGGCGAGUCCAACAACGGCAUGCUGAAUGAGACUCUAAUUGCCACCCUGCAGCAGAGUCUCCAGAUGGGGUUGCGAUCUGGGAAGGGGAAGGGCAUCUCCCCAUCUUCACCCUCCCAAAGCCCCUGCAGCGACUACGAUGACCCCUGGGUGCUGCGUCCACGGAGUCACAGUAGCAUUAGCACAGAGAGCUCUGCCACAUCACUAGCAACCAGCGCAAACGGCUUGGGCGUGUCCAAUGUUUACUCGCUAUGCCACGUGACUCCCACUCACAGUGACACCAGCAGCUUGCGUUCGGACUAUGCCGAUUCUUGGGGCUACUACAUGGAAUAUCCUCGUAACCAUGGGGACCAGAGUGCGCAGACCCCCGCGGCUCAUACGGCUAACACUUCCACCGGGCCUCCAGCAGGCAAAGAGCAGAAUGGAACUGAGAUUCAUGGCCCCUGCCAGGAACCAGGAGCUCCGGGCCGGGAAGAAAUAGUGGCAGUGAAGCCUAAAACCAGCACGUCCUCUCCAGAAAGAGUGCACAGACUCACCUCUCCAUCCAGUGGCUACUCGAGCCAGUCCAACACCCCCACGGCUGGAACACCCGUACCGUCUGGCAUUCGGUCCAUGUCUCCCUCUGGAAGUCGACCCAAGCCUAAAGUUCCUGAGAGGAAAUCUUCUCUCAUCUCAUCUUCAUCCUCCACCUCCCUUUCCUCUAACACUUCGGACUCUCUCAAGAGCUGCGGGCCUACUGCACCACCGCCUGUGCCUGGGACCUCGUCAUCAGCUCCAGACACCCCCCUCAGCCCACCACCGACAUUCCCUCCUUCGGAUGUACAUUUUCCUCCGCCAGCACCAACAUCGCCUCACACGCCGCAGGCUCAAACGCUGAGCCCCCUCCCGGGUUGGUCUACCUCGCCAGAGUUCCCACCUCCUCCCUCCCCCGAAACCUUGAUUCACCCCAGUGUGUCGCUCAAUGGGAGCUUAAGUCCUCCGCCCCCACCUCCUGUGUCCCUCACGGGGCCGCCGCCACCACCUCCUCCACUGCCUGCUGUUGUCUUCUACUCUUCCUCCCCGUCAUCUGCCAAGGAAGCGCCUAAAGCCGCCGUUCCAAACAGUCCCACAAAGUCUCCCAUGCCGCUCGUUACACCUUUUGCUCUGCAGAGCGUUCAGCUGCGAUCAGUCAAGCGGCCGGAGAAAGACACUGACAGCGACCUGGAGCCGUACAAAGACUUUCUUAUGGGCCUGCAGCCCUGCAACCUGGACAAGUCUCAGCCCCAGGAGCUGACGAACUGCUUCUCAGACCAUAAGCAGUCGCCCUCGCCUGUAUCAGACCUUAUCGAUAGGUUGUCUAUAGACUGCGGCAGCUCGCGUGAUGGUCGUGAACCCGAAGAAAGCGGCUUUCUUCUCAACGGUAUCGAAGAAGACGAAGGGCAGAAAGUACUGCAGAGUCCCUUUCCUGUCAAACAGAAGCCUCCCGUCAUCUCCAAGAAACCCAAAUUAUUUGUUGUCCCGCUGCCAAGCCCUCAGCCGGUCCAAGCUGAAGACAAAGAGGACAAAGACAGUUCGGAGAGCGCCGAGCCCCAAGAAGAGAGCCCCGAGACACCCGCAGACGUCCAGGAUGAACCUCAUAUCUCUACUGGCCAGAACGCCGGCCCGGACCAAGAGUUCCGCCAGAACGGAGAGGCCCCAGAUGACGAGGCGGAUGAGACGAGUAGUUCUGCGGGCUCCACCGGCUCCAGUCUUGACGAUGCAGGUGACGUGUUUGACUCCAGCACAGCCGAGUCGCCUCUCAACGGGACGCCGGCGGAGACCAUGGUGACCCCGACCUCCACGCCGACCCGCACCACGGAGGACCUGUUUGCCGUAAUUCACAGGUCCAAGCGGAAGGUCCUCGGUCGCAAGGAGUCGGAGGAGGAGAAGUCCCGUUCUGGGGGUCAGUCUCAGUCCCCCCCGAUGACGCCCACCAACGUGUCCCCGGCGUCGCCGCUGUGCCGCCAGCCGGGCUCCAUCCAGCGCCACCUGCGCAAGUCCACCACCAGCAGCGACACCUUCAAGGCUCUCCUCCUCAAGAAGGGCAGCCGCUCGGAGAGCAGCUUCAGGAUGUCCGCCACCGAGAUGCUGCGCUCCACGGACCCCCGCUCCCAGCGCUCCCGCUCCGAGUCCGCCUUGGAUUCCCCGUCCUCGCCCCAGAGCCCCUGCGCCUCCCCCGGCCGCAGCAAGAGGGCGGCGGACGAGUGGCACCGCUACGAGGCCCCGGCUCUGUCUUCGCCGCCGUCCUGCGCCUUCCCCAUGGGCGGCAGCAAGUACGGACGCUCGCGCACGCCGCCCUCGGCCGCCAGCAGCAAGUACAACGCCCGCUGUCGCAUCCUCAGCAGCCCCAUGACCGUCAUCUGCGAGCGCGAGGGCGAGACGGCGGAGAGCGAGUACGGCGACGCGGCAGAAAGCCUCAACGCCUCCAACGGCACUUUAUCAGAGCAGCGAUAAGAGAAGCAAACAUCCAGGUUACCAGGAGGCGGAGUCAGCAGCAGACCCCGCCCCUUUAGGCCGACCCGGGCAAAGACUUCCUGUUGGGAGGUUUUGGGGCCUCGACACUCUUCAUUUUUAUUACUUUCAAACCGGACUUGUUUUUCCAUCGCCGUUCUCCCUGUCAACUCUCAAUGAUGACAUCUAUUAAACAAGACAAGAAGCAAGGAAUUAAAAAGAGACAUCAGCUGUAAAUGUUCCACGGUGCACACUUCUCCGCUUUGUUUUCAAAGAAUGUUUGACCCAAAGCAAGUCUGUCUGGAGGAAGUCUUUGUUUCCCCACCUGCUCGUCUCCCAGCGGUCGCCGUGGUUACCAAAGAGCCAAACAGCCCAACUUAAAAAACUGGACGCCACACGAGAGUUUGUCCAAGCCGUUUCUUAAUGAUCUCUAUGACCUUCAAAGUUUAUCCUAAUACAGUUUUUAUAUUUGUUGUGUAUGUAAAUAAAUAGAAAAGGAAUGUUUUAAGUGA